AUGGGAGCACAGGGCGGUGCGGAGAAUGCUAGAGGUGGGCGUGGAGGAGGAGGUCGUGGCCGCGGCGGUCGGGGUCGAGGACGAGGUGGCGCCGGUGCUGGUGGCGGUCGAGGGCGCGGAAGGCCCCGUGUAGGCUUGGCAGGAGCAUCUGCAACACAAGAGACACACUCCAGCACGGCCAACAGCAGUUUUGUCGCCACUCCUGACGACACACCUGCACCCUCUGGUACCAACACGCCCACCUGGACGCCCAAGCCAAUCGCACCUGGCACGGAUGCCGCCGCCUAUCUGACGGAAAACAAGUUUGCGGACCUCAAAGGCUCCGUCGACGACCGCCUUCUUUCGGCCAUCCCUUUCCCCACCAUGUCGGCUGUCCAAGCCGCCACACUCUCCACCGCACUUUCGGGCAGGGAUGUGCUGGCACAGGCAAAGACCGGUACGGGUAAAACGCUCGCUUUCCUCAUCCCUUCCAUCCAAAAGCUCUGCGCCCUACCCAAACCACCCCCGCAAACAUCGAUCUCUGUCCUAGUCCUCUCGCCCACACGUGAGCUGGCUCUGCAGAUCGAAAAAGAGGCUCACAUGCUGCUUGCCAACCUCCAAGGCACCUUUUCGGUCCAGCACGUCGUCGGAGGAACCAACAUCGGUGCCGAACGCAAGCGACUUCAGCGCGACCGCAAAGACCUGCUCAUCGCUACACCCGGUCGUCUGCUCGACCACCUCUCCAGCGAUGCUCCUGGACUCGACCUGCGCAAGGCUUGCCAGAACCUUCGCGUCCUCGUCCUCGACGAAGCUGAUCGAAUGCUCGACAUGGGUUUCCGAAACGAGCUGGAGAAGAUCCUCAAGAUGCUUCCCGAUCCCGUCGCCAGUCAGAGACAGUCGCUCUUUUUCUCGGCCACCAUCCCGAGCUUCGUUCACGAGGUCGCCAAACUUCGUCCCGACCACGCAUUCAUCUCGACGCUUACCGAGCAGGACAACAACACGCACGAGCACGUUCCUCAGGAAUCGCUCAUCUGCUCCCUUCGCGAUUGCCUUCCACGUGCACUCCAGGUGGUGCUGACGGAGGCCAUUCGUCAUCCAUCCGACCACAAGCUGCUCGUGUUCCUGCCUACGGCGAGAUCGACCUCGUUGGCAGCUGCUGUCUUCACGCAAUUGCGCAACCAGCGCGGUUCGGCGUACUCGAAGCUGGGUCCGAUCUUCGAGAUUCAUUCGCGAAAGUCACAAGCGGUCAGGACAAAGACGAUGGAAACGUUCCAGACGAGCACUUCGGGUAUCUUGUUCUCUUCGGACGUCACUGCUCGAGGAAUCGAUAUUCCCGGAAUCUCGCUCGUGCUGCAACUCGGCUUGCCUAGCAGUCUGGAACAGUACGUCCACCGUCUCGGCCGUACCGCUCGAGCAGGUAAGCAGGGUCGUGGAGUCUUGAUCCUCGCCGAUUUCGAAGCGUUCUUCCUCAACCAAUCCGACGUCAGGAAACUGCCCAUCACCAAACUCGACGUCGCAGCCGUCGAGGCAGAAUCCAAAGUCGCCCUACCCCAAGUGACGAACGAUGUCGAUGGUGCCAUGCAAUCCAUCGAUCCCACCACGAGGAGUCAGGCGUACCAAGCCCAUCUAGGGUUCUACAAGGCCUACCUCAAACAGCUCAGGUGGAAACCGGAAGACUUGAUCCAGAGUACCAACGAGUACGCUAGAGACAUCUUGAGGUGGAACGAGAGUCAGGGUGGUGCCUGGGUCGGACCUCCGUUGCUGCAAAAGACCGUGUCGAUGAUGGGCUUGAAGGGCAAACCAGGACUUAAUAUUGUCAAGGAGUUGCCGGGCAAGUCGGGUGGUGGAGGCGGAAGAGGCGGUGGGGACAACGGUGGGCUCAAGAGGCAGAAUGGGGCUCAGGGUGGGAGGUUUGCGAACAAGCGAUAG